AUGAAUAACGAAACAAUAGUUGACGAGGAUCAUGAGAGUCAAGUCUCAUCCUCAGCAUUACUACCCACCAAUCAACAUGCAUCUCGUUCCGAACUUGUGACAAAAAUUUAUUAUCCUGAUACAUUAUAUCCCGACAAUUAUUCAUUCUUUGCAGAUCGAGGCAACACACCAUUAUCAAAAGCAAAAUUCUCGUUACCCAUGGACACAACUAUUCAAUAUCCAACUAAAAUUGUCGAUCAAACAGAUGCUCCAAUAGCAAUAUCGACUAUUUCUAAACAGACAACAACUGAAGUUGAGACUAUUGAUCAACCAAGAAAAUAUUCCUCUCCAAUGAUUGAUCGAGAACGUGGUGAAUCCGAACCUGAAAAGCGUCGAUUUGAUGUUAAACGUUAUGUACCAGCAGCAUUACGUCCUCAAGACAAAUCACAACCACCUGGUAUCUUAUUAGAUCCUCGAUUUUAUUCAAUGAAAAAGACAGCUAUGACUAUCAUGUGUCUAUUAAUUAUCAUCAUGAGCAACAGUGUGCAACUAAAACAUGUUCUUAAAGAAGGUCGUACACAUGCAUUUUAUGGUACUCAAGUAACACUUGGCAUUGUUUCGGUUCUCAUGUGUGCUUCGAUUGGUGUGAUUCUGAUUAUAGCUUUAAAUAUUUUAAUACCGAAUGGAUGUUAUGUUUAA